GCCAGCACAUUCUUUUGUCCAACUGGGCUUUGAGAUGCACAUGAGUGCGUGUGGGUAUGGGUGUUUAUGUGUGAUUGUUUGGCCAAAAAUAAACAGUCCAAGGACCUCGACAUGUGUCUAUGGAAACUGUUGCAAUUGUUGUUCAAAUAUAAACAAACGAUAUGCGAGUGCUUAAGUGAGCCGGCUAACGGUAUGUAUGGUACGAUGAUUGGUGAUAGAGCACCAGGCCAUAAGUGUCGAAACCGGUUGUCGUCAGUCUUCUCUUAACAUUCAGUGGGCACGCAAUCCGUUUGGGGGACCAGCAAUUUCCGAAAAAAAAUAUAUUCUAAUCAUCGAAAAAGCUAUAAGAAACAUCUAAGAAUGCAAAGAUGCAAUUGCGGUGGCAUGAGAUCGGGGAGUGUGCAACAUCAGCAACAUAUUCCCCUGCAAAAAUACCAAUAUCCAGUGCAGCAGCAUCAACGUGGUGAUCUCAGGUCGGUAACCUCAUCCUCCAGACAAAGCCUACGCCCCACGCAGUUCAUAAAGCGUCCCAGCCUAAAAGCCCCGCCCAAGUUCGGCCUAGGACACUCCAGCACCGAGCUGGCCAAUGACUUCAGUCGACGGAACUCCACGGCCACCUCGGUGAGUCACUGCUCCAGCUGCAGCUGCAGUUCCUCCCAGCAACGCCAGCAGAGCAGGGCCAAGGUUUUGCGAUGGGGCUGGGAGCGAACAGGAGGUGUUGACACCUCCAACAACAGCAGUGCCAGUCCCACCAACAACUAUGACAAGUACACGGACAAUCGACGACUUUACGAGCAGAGCGCAUGCGUCGCCAGUCGCCAGAGGAACCAAGGUCAGGGUCAGGUUUACACUGGCAAAUCAUCGCCAUCGCCAUCACCGCGCCCAGCUCAGUGCUUUAGUAAACAGCAAUCCAUGGAUGAACUGCAGCAACUGCAGGCCUUGCAGCACUUCCGCCUGAUGAAUGCCCGUGAUUGCUUCAGUGAUGGCCGGCAGGAUGAGCUGCGCCUGCAGCAGGCCUACGAUAAUCUGAACGCCAGCAACGCGGACAAGUGGAACAAAGAUCGGGCCAAUGAGAGCAGGCAGUCCGGAGGAGUCCCUAGUAGUAGCACCACCACCACGCCCUACGCCCUGCGGCAGAAGUUGCUGCAGUUGAGGCUGCAGGACGAGGAGAGGCGGGGCAGGGGCACGGGCGCCAUGUGUGCUCCGCUGGGCAAGAGUUGUGCCCUUAGAUACAAUUGACACACAAUGAGUGUAAGGUACUAUAAAGCCAACAAUCUUAGCAGUUAGUUAAUAUUAAAG